UACACCGACUCAAAAAAACCAUAACUCUUUCUUCUUUAUAUUCUGAGUCUCUCCCUCUCUCCAUCUCUCCCCCCCUCUCUUUCUCUUCCCUUCCUUCCUCAUCUUCUCGUAGUUAUCUCUUUUUCUCAGGCUCGCAAGCUAUUUGGGCUUUGGGGUUUUGUCUAAUUCGGUAAUCAGCGUGUGUUUAAGACUUUAAACCCACUUGAAGAUUCAUCCUUUUCUUUUUUUUUUGUUUUUGUUUUGCUCAGCCAUUAGCAAUGGUGGAUCUUCAAACUGUGUGCUGCAUGUGUGGCGACGUGGGUUUCCCUGACAAGCUCUUUCGCUGCAACAAAUGCCGAAAUCGAUUCCAGCACUCGUACUGCAGCAAUUAUUACAGCGAAUAUGCGGAGCCAAUUGAAUUGUGUGAUUGGUGCCAAAGCGAAGGGAAAAGCACAAGACAUGGAAGCUCAUCGAAAAGAUCCAGCGGCGCCGGAAGCGAUUCGGUGUCGAACCGGUCAGAGUACGCCGGCGACAAAAUCAAGCAACCCGAUCGAGAAGAUGGCGGAGACAAAGGAAAGAAUCCAGGCGGUGCUCCAUCACCACGCCCCACCACGCGCAGGUAUUUUCCCCGUCCACGUACUUUCCUUUCUUUCAAAACUAUCAUCAAGGCGUGUCACAUGGUUUACUUGGGCUUUUAAAUUCAUACCCUAAUACUAUAUAUAUUCAAAUUAAGUUCCAAACGUACAAGCAACUUGUACAUGUAGGAAAGCCAAAAACACAUGCAAUAAUGCAACUUUCACGUGUCGUAUUCCAUGUCUUCUUUAAUAUUUGUCACUAAUUGUUAUUUAUGUAUUAAAUUAAUUCAUAAUUUUCUGAAUGUGCUUGCUGAUCUUUUUUACGGGACACAUCUUGUUGAUAGAUUAAUUUCUGCUUAGUCUUACCCAAUUUAGCAUAUAUAACCCUACAAACAACAGUAUCUAUGGGAUACUACAUAUAUAUUAAGUUUUUUUUUAUAAAAAAAUUAGGAAUUAAGAUAUCUAUUUAUAUAUAUAUAUAGGUGUGUGACAUAGCUAGGCAGAUUAAUAUUAUUGGAUUCGGUUCCCUUAUGUGAGUAUUCCUUCGUUAUUUCCUUCUUGGUUUUAUAGUUACAAAAUCAAGUCCUUCGUUGGAGCUUUUCUAUUAUAAUAGGCAUCAAAAGACUUUAUAGAAUCAUAGUUUUAGAAAAUUAUUAACUAGAUAGCAGAAACAAAAUCAUUAAUGAUAAAAAAUUUUGAGGGUUUCUUAUUUUUUUUAUACUGUUUCUUCCGACCGUCUGAGAGUAAAAAAGUAAUUUUCUCCUCGAAGUUGUUACGUCUAGAUAAGAAAGCCUAAAUUCGAGAAAUCCAAUGUAGACAAACAAUUCAUAAUUACCAAUUAAAUUUAUAUUAAUUACAUAUAUAUAUAUAUCUAUAUAUAUAUAUUUAUGCUUUAUUUGAUUUUUUUUUUUUUUUUUUUUUUUUGGUGUCGUGAAACAUAUGCUCUACUCUUGAAAUCGUUAACUUUAGCAUAUAAUAAUAUUUCGUGGUCAUGAAAUAUGGGUCUAGCGACACUUGGGAAUCCUUUCUUUGUUGACACGUGGAACCCAUUAUUAUCGAUGUCAACUCUUGCCACUCGAAUUGAAAUCGAAAGUGUUUAGAGUACUUUUGUGAUGUAAGUGAUGAUGGGGAAGAAAAUGUACACAACCAUUAUCUUAUUGAACAUGUGGUUAGGACGAUUACAGCCAUAACAUUAUAUUAAAAACAUGUUGGUCAAUUUUACCUCGAUGUGUGAGAAUAUAUAAUGUAUGACCUUGGUGAGGACCGUGAUGAUUAUAUCGAUGUUAAAUAUAUGUAUAUUAGUUAGUCAAGGUUAUAGCAUUAUGUAAUAAUCUAGAGACCAGAGAGAUCAACGUGAAAUUAUGCAGUGUUCUAUUUGAUCUUGGAAAUCAAGUAAUUAAAACUCAUAAUACUGAACCACUAGAAUUUUGAAUAUCCAUUGAAGAUUUUUUAUUUUUAUAAAACAAAAUAUAUAUAUAUAUAUAUAUAUAUAUUAGCAGUGUUUUGCAUAUAAAUAGAGUAUAUACUUUAAGGAUUCCAAUGCUAACGCUAUAUUAAAAAUUUGAUAGAUCUAUAUUUUAAAUGUCCAGGUAACUUUAUAUUAACCAGUAGGAGAACUAGAACGCACACAAAAUACCUUCUUCUUCUUCUUCUUCUUUUUUUUUUUUUUUUGAUGGUGACGAUAAUGCGCUCCUACAUAUUAGAAUUUUAAUAUACUUACUGAUCUUGUCAGAGCAAACCUCUAAUUCUACUGGUUAAUAGAGAGAAGAAGAUAUAAGACUUUUUUAUGCUCGUUUUUCAUAUAGAAACUGUCAAAGCCAAGCUAGCGCAACUUUUAGACAUUUUUAUUGUGGAUUUUCUUCAAUUGAUAUAAAUACUGUUUCGUAUGUUCUUUAUAGGAAAGCUAUUUCGUUAGAAAAUUUUGAAAUAUGGGUAGAGGAAUAGGAAAAGAAUCAAUGAAAUUAAUAAUAAUCAAAUAACAGCUCUAAACUUUAUUGUAAAAUUUUUGUAUAUUUGUUUUAUGAAUAGCCGACCUAAUUAGGCCAUAAAGUAAUAUUUAUACCCAUAUCUUCUUAUUUACCAAAAAAAAAAAAAAAGAAAAA